AUGUCUUCAUUAUACGAUGCAGGAUACCCUGUGAACGAUCUCCUGCUCGCUUCAUCAUAUCCAGUCACCACCCCUGUUUAUUCCCCUCCGUAUGAUGUUCGCGGGAGACAGCAACAUUUCAUCGAAACCGCGCAGCAGAGGAAGGAACGGAUCGAAUUUCUGAAAAAGAGAGAAUGGGCCCGUCGUGUUGCUGAGUGGAUUCGAGCGACUAGUGCACGGCAGGAUGUGAUGAACUUUGGCUGCUCAGGUAGGCUUGCAGCAUCACCCAUGCCAGAGAAUGGCGAUGUUACCCGCUUGACUACUUCUGCGUCAUCACUCUCUCUAUCAUCGAGCGAGGAAGAGGAAGAGCCAUACGUCAUCUAUAGUUCAUCUCCGUCAUCUUCCAUGUCGUCCUUAUCCGAUGACCUGUCUAUUUCCUCAGUCCCCACCUCGCACCCGUCUAACAACAUUCAUCCACUGUCAAGCUCCAUGCCCUCUCCCUCCAAGCGUAGCCACCGCCGUCGUAGGAGCAGCACCAGUCUUAUGACCCCACGUCGCCGACCUUCAUUGUCCAGUAUUUACGAAGUUCCGGAGGAAGACUGA